AUGAUUUAUAAGAUAUUUUUUAUAAAAUUUAUAUAAUAAAUAAGUAUCAAAAGGUAAAUAAAAUUCUUCUAUUCUAUUAGUAAAAAUAAAGAUCAAGUUUUAAAGAUAUAGGAAAGAGAGAUAAUGGCAUAAUAGAAUUAAAAUUAAGCUAUUCAAGAAUUAGAAAGCAAGCAUUACAAUCCUAAAGAAAUUUCUUCAUUGAUGACUUUGAAAACUAUUUUAGUAGGAUUAGAUAAAGAAAUCAUUAGUGGAUAAAUAACUUAUGAAUUGUAGAAAUUUAAAUGCGAAUUAAGAGAAAAAAUUAGAGCUGUCAUUAAAUUUUACAUUGAAAAAAUAAUGAGUGGGAAAAUGACUUUUUAAGAAUAUGCAUAAAAUUUGUAAAAAACAAUGAAAUAUUUUAUAGGACUAAAGCAGCUGUAAGAAAAGAGUGGCUAAAAAGAAACAAAAUAUGAUAAAUAGCUAUCUAAUAGAGUUUAAGCAAUCAAGAAGGAAUUUGAGUUAUUGGCAAAUGAAAAGGAAUUAGCACUAAAAAAAAUAGCUAUUUUGAGUGGAAAAAACUUAGAUCAAUCAAUUUACGAUAUUAUUGAUUUGGAUAAAAAACCCUUCAAUGAAAAGUUCUUAUUAUUUGCUACGAGAUACAAAUAAUAUCACAAUAUGGUGACAUACAUUUCUGCAAAUAUGAAAGAAUCUAGAUUGUAAGAGUUAUCCACUAAAUUAAUGCCUCUUUUAUAGAGAGCUAAUGCGAUCUUGUCUUAACUUUAAAACGGUUAAGAAGUAAGUAUAAAUUAGAUUAUCACAGCUGAAAUGCCUCCUUUAACUAGAGAAAUUGUCUUAGGAAUGGAUGAAAAUACUUUUAAUUAGAAACUAAAAACUCUCUUUCUCUUGGUUUAAGAAGUUUUAGAUAAAGAAAAGAAGUUUAAAGAAUUUUCAAGGAAUGCAAAAAAAACUAAAGAACACAACUGGCCAGUAUACUCGUCUUUCAAGAUUAAAUAAUACUAAGCUCUAUUCAAUUAUUUGAAUACCUUAGAUUAAACAGUUACUCCCCUCCCUAUAAUUGAAGUAAAAGAAGAAAAAAGAAAUUUAGUUCUUGAAGAUACCGAAGUAGAAUUUUAGGAUAUGAUUAUCAAAUUUAAAAAACUAACAGGAGUACCUAAAGGGAAGUAUUCUUUAAGCUAUUCGUUUGAGCUUAACAAAUAAAUUAUUAGCGAUAAUGUCGAUUGGUGUAAUGAAAAUUUAGAAUGGAAUUACAUGAAAAAGUAUUCUCGUGGACCUGACAUUAAACAACUUGAUAACUAAAUUCAUACAAGAACUAUAAAUGUUAAUAUUUUCAAAAAAGGCACUCUUUUUGGAUAGGAUGAGUACGGAAGAAUAUCAAUUCCUCUUUUAGAUCUAGCUACAAAGUCAUCCAUAAAUAAACCUAUUUAGGUUUAACAUAAAAAGGAUACCUUUGACUUACAUUUUGAAGUUAGAAUAAGGAUUUGUACUUAAAUGUUUACUCCCAUCAACAUCCGCUCAUUAAUUAUCAUUAAGCAAUUCCAGCCAUUCGAAGUAAACAAUGACCUUUAGAUUUUCUUAGAUUCGAAAAUUCCUGAAUAAUAUAGAAUAGUUGCUAAUCAGCCAUAAAAAAGUUAAAAAUAAGAAUAACAGUAAGAUUAGUUUGGUGAAGAUAUAGUCCCAAAACUCCAAUAUUUAACAAGAGAUGAUACUUCUAAAUCAUAUGCUGUCUUUAGUAAUUUGUAAGACAGUAUGAUACCAGAAGGAUUAACUAAACAGGAAGUUAUAUUCCCAGAAGACUUUAAAACAACAUUUUGCUCUUCCUACAUAAAUCAAAUGGAAGAUAUCCUCAAAGAGUUAUCUAAGUACUAUGUAAGUUUAGGAAAAUUUUAAGACAGAAAAUUUGCUAAUACUCAAAUUGAAGAAGCUAUGGGAAAGAAGUUUGAACUAGAAAUACUUCCAAGUAAAGUUGAAUCAGGAAAAGUUACUUUAAAUUAAAUUUAUACCUAUUAUUGUGAUGCAAUCGUCAAAGAUAGACUUCGUAUUGAAUUAUAUAUUAAGUUAGGCUUAUAUGAUUGGGCAUCGUUUUGUUUAGCUAGAAGACAAUUACUUAUUUAAGAUAUGAUAGAUAAUGAAUGGGAUAUUGAAGAUGUAAAGGAAAUCAAUGUCAAAUCAAUCAUUUAGAAAAUAAAAAAUACUUAAAAUAAAGGAGAAGAGCUUAAAAAAAUAAUGGCUUAUAUUAAACCUUAAAUUACUUUUUUGAAAAGAGGAGGGGAAUUCCGUGAAGCAGCUAUCUUAAAAUAACUAACUGAAGAUAUGCUUCCUUAAGGUUUGACUAUGAAAUAAGCCCUCAAUCCUGAGGAUCUUGAUUAUAAUUAUUGUAUGAGUUAUUUAGAAAAAAUGACUGACUAGUAAGCAAAAGCACAAGCUUUCUUUGCUAAGAGUGGACUCAAAGAAGAAAAGGCAAAAGCAAAAGCUUUACAAGAAAAUGCAUUUAAAUGUCUAUACGGUUUACAAAAUAAGAUGUAAACAGGAUAGAUAGAUGCUGAAGAAAUCUAGGAUUUCUAUUCUGAUGGUAUCGUAUUAGAUAGACUAAGAAUUCAGUUAUAUAUGAAACUAAAGCUUUAUGAAUGGGUUGGAUUCUGUUUAGAAAAGCGUCAAAUUUAUAUUUAAGAUAUGAAAGAAAAUGAAUUUUAGAUCAAGGAUGUUGAAAAUAUAGAUUUAUCACAAUAUAUUUGA